AGUUCCCACGGGACAAACCCCAGCACCGGCUGGCCGAGAAACUGCUUUAAAAGAUUGCCUUCAGAAAACCGCGUGCAGCCGUCUCAAACCCGGAUUCCUUUUCCUUAUUUUCUUCGCUCCUAAUUCCAAUUCUGCUCCGCGAUUACCGUCUCAAGAAGUUGCUCUCACUCUCCGCCCCCCUCGCCCCGCCCGGAUUUUGGGUCUCGCCGCCACCCUCCGGUGGCAGAUCCGGAGAUCGCCUCGGCGGAAGAAGCCCUCUGGAGCUGCUCCUCUGUCUGGUUCGGUUCCUCCUUCGAUCCCCUUUCCUUUCGCUCUUCGACUUCGCCUCGGAUUCGUUUUCUAGGGUUUGUUGUUUCUUGCCUGUCUGAAUUCUAUAUUGCGGUUUUUGGAGUUGGAUUUGUUUGUUUGGGUUCCGGUUUUCCUUCCACUUGAAGACUCUAGGGUUUCGAUCCGCGUCUUCUGUUGCUGACGGUGGGAACGGCUUUCCCCAUUGGAGUUGGAGUUUCCGAAUAUAAGGCUUUUUAUAUGGUCGGCUUUUUCUUCCCUCGCUGAAUUCUUCAGAAGAAAUUGUUGGCCUCGUUGGAUUUCUGCAGCGCGGAUCUAUUUCCCUUGCCCUCCUUGUGGUUCUAGGGUUCCGAGGUGCUUAUCGUCUUGGGCCUCUUGCAAAGAAGUUGUGUUCAUACGGCUGUGAUCUUUGAUCCUGAUUAUUUGUCUUCUUUCCUCGAAGAUCCGAGUCAGACUAUUUUUUGUGUGUCGGUGCUUGAAUUUGUCCUUUCGUUUUGGAGGAUUCCUUUGUGUCUCCAAGUUCUUAUUCUUUGGAUCGCUCUCGUGCUUUUAGUGCUGAGGAGGUGCGCAGUAAUUUUGCAAUACAACUAGCUGUGUUAUCAGGGGAAGAGGGUCAUAUUGAGCGUUAGAUUUCGGUAGGGCUUUCGUUAGGCUGAAACCAAUGGGCAUCUCGGAUGCCAUGGGCAGCACGCCGCCACAAGCUCCGAGGCAGUAUGGCAUAACAAAACCAAUCUCAACUGCUGGGCCUACAGAGGCGGAUCUCCAGAGAACGAAGGAACUAGAAAAGUUCUUGCUUGAUUCCGGGCUUUAUGAGAGCAAGGAGGAAGCUGCAAAGAGAGAGGAGAUUUUAAGAGAGAUAGAUAAGAUUGUUAAAAACUGGGUUAAGCAGUUAACUCGUCAGAGGGGGUACACUGAUCAAAUGGUCGAGGAUGCAAAUGCUGUCAUUUUUACAUUUGGAUCAUAUCGCUUAGGGGUUCAUGGACCUGGGGCUGACAUUGACACUCUGUGUGUUGGACCUUCAUAUGUUAACCGAGAGGAGGACUUUUUCAUUAUUUUGCAUGCAAUUUUGGCAGAAAUGGAUGAAGUGACUGAGCUACAACCUGUGCCAGAUGCUCAUGUUCCUGUUAUGAAAUUCAAAUUCCAUGGAAUAUCUAUUGAUCUUCUUUAUGCUAGUAUCUCCCUCUUAAUUGUUCCUGAAGAUUUAGACAUUUCUCAUGGAUCUGUGCUUUACAAUGUUGAUGAAGCAACCAUUCGAAGUCUUAAUGGCUGCAGGGUGGCAGAUCAGAUUCUUCGACUCGUACCUAACAUUGAGAAUUUCCGCACCACGCUUAGGUGCUUAAAGUUUUGGGCUAAGAAGCGCGGGGUGUACUCGAACGUUACUGGAUUUCUUGGGGGUGUCAAUUGGGCUUUAUUAGUUGCUCGUGUCUGCCAGCUUUAUCCCAAUGCUGUGCCAAGUAUGCUAGUUUCCCGAUUCUUCAGAGUCUAUACACAGUGGCGCUGGCCAAAUCCUGUGAUGUUAUGUGCCAUUGAGGAGGAUGAACUUGGGUUCCCUGUUUGGGAUCCACGCAAGAACCCUCGUGAUCGAACUCAUCAUAUGCCUAUAAUUACACCUGCAUAUCCAUGCAUGAACUCAAGCUAUAAUGUAUCAACUAGUACCCUCCGUGUAAUGAUGGAACAAUUUCAGAUUGGCAAUAAAAUCUGUGAGGACAUCGAAUUAAACAAGGCCAGCUGGAGUGCUCUGUUUGAGCCUUACCUUUUCUUCGAAACCUAUAAAAACUAUCUGCAGGUUGACAUUAUUGCUGCAGAUGCUGAGGAUCUGCGAUUAUGGAAGGGAUGGGUUGAAUCUCGGUUGAGGCAGUUGACUCUGAAGAUUGAGCGGGACACAUAUGGGAUGUUGCAGUGCCAUCCAUACCCCAGUGAGUAUGUAGACCUUUCCAAGCAGUGUUCACAUUGUGCCUUCUUCAUGGGUUUGCAAAGGAAACAAGGGGUGAAAACACAAGAAGGCCAGCAAUUUGAUAUACGUGGAACAGUUGAUGAGUUCAGGCAUUCUGUGAAUAUGUACAUGUUUUGGAAACCUGGAAUGGAAAUAUAUGUUUCUCAUGUUCGGAGGAAGCAGAUUCCUUCUUAUGUCUUUCCAGAUGGUUACAAGCGGCCUCGUCCAUCUCGGCUCAUAAGCCAGCACCAGGCAGAGCGAAUUUCUGGUGAAAGUGGAUCUGAGGAAUGUGAAGGUGGAUCUGCAGAGGGACGCCUUAAGAGGAAAAAGGAUGCUGAUGUAAGUGAUGCUAAAUUGAACAAACCAGAGAAACGGGCAUCCCCAAACAGGCAGAAGCCUCCUAUAGCUGAAUCUGUAAAUGGUGGGUUGAUGGAAGCACCUACUGUCAGUAUGGUUGUGAAAACCGAAGUGUUUAGACAGAAUCCUGAUGGUGCUUUUAACAGCUGGCUUGAGAGAAAAAAUGAUGGCCAAAAGGAACUGGAUAAGGAAGCGAACAAGAACUUCGUUAGCCCAAUCAGACAGGUGCAGACACACACACCUGAUGGCAAUGUUAAUGGUAUUGCCCGAGGUGUUUCACAGGACAAGCAACCAGUGAUGACAGUGGAUGCUGAGGUUAAUUGUUUGAAGGAGGGCUUGGCUGUUGUUGAUAGGACCGCAGAAGUGGGUGAUACAGAAAUACUUCAUGCUGGGAAUAUCAGCAAUGAUGUUCAUAUGAAGUUGAGCGAUGGGACUCUGCAUGUGGAAAUUGACAGGGCUUCAUCAAUUGUCUGCAGCAGUUCAGAGAGCAUGUGUGGCCAGUGAUGAUGGAGAGAUUGCCAGGAACGACUGCCAGGAAUCAUCACAGAGAGGAAUUUCCCAUUUGGAGAAUGAGUGCUUUAACGGAAAGGCAAUGGUGCAAAAUGGCAUGACGGAUGAGCUAGAGGUUCCUUCUGGUGCAUGUUUUCCUUCUGGAAGUUCAAUGGGGUAGUGAAGUAAUUUUUCACUGAAUGGCUUAUUUCUUAUUCUCCCUCGUCUCUGAUAUUUGAAGGCAAAUAUCACAAUUGGAGUGGCCCUCAAAGCUCAUGUGGGUGUGAGUUUGGAUGCCGCUUGGAAACCUGCAUUAAGGCAAGUGUUCAUGAUGCCCAAAGUUCAAUGUUUGUAAUAUUCUAUUGCUCUGUUUUCUUUAUAUUGUCCUGUUUGGUGGUAUUGUGUUUUUAUGCUUGUGGUAGGUUGAGUCUGACAUCCACAGCAUGAGGCUUUGAAGAGACUGUUGAUGAAAAUGUGUAAUGGAACCUGCCAUGGAUCGGAGACCAGAUUUGCUGAUGGAGGAAAGAAAGCCUAACCUGCACUUGGGAGGGUAAGUUUGCUCGAGUUUAGGUUUUGCACACGGAUUGAUAUAUACAAUGACAGCUGAAGGAAACAUGUAAUUCAUGGCAUGAGCUUCAACGGCUUGGGGUUCUUUGGGCAAGUUGGUACAAUAGAUGUGGCAGAUGAUAGAAGCACCAGAACUCUUUUCUGUGGCUUGGUGUUGAAGUGCUUCAGGAAUCUGUAAAUUAUGUUAUUUUUUUUUUCUUUUGGUUCGAGUCUGUCAUGCCUGUGCGGGACAAAUAUCAGGGGGUUGGUUUUUAAGGAAUGCUGAACUCUAGGUUUAGAUUAGGAUAGGAGUCGUUUUUUUUUUUAAGUAUCACUUUGUAUACUUUUCCCCUUGUAAUAUAACAUUUUAACUUUGGGUUCCUUUCUCUGGAUGUUA